CGUUCGAUUUUCUGCUCAUUCUUCUUCUGUCACUGUACUUUGUGCGAAAUAGAAUUGUACGGAGUGUGAAUUAUCGAGAAAAACUUGUGUCUAGUGGACUCGUGCUGCUGAAAAUAUAUUCAAAAUGCAAGGAUUGAGCUUGGCCAGCAUCAAGAAAAACCCAGCUUUAAUCCCGCUGUACGCAUGUAUCGGAUUGGGUGCUGCCGCGGCCGUUUUCUACACCCUUCGAUUGGCCAUUCAUAGCCCCGAAGUCACCUGGAAUCGCAAGUCGAACCCGGAACCGUGGGAGGAGUUUAGAAACAAGCAGCAUAAGUUCUACUCUCCGAUCAGAGAUUAUUCCAAAGUUGAGAGCCCAGCCCCCAAGUAUACUGAAUAAAUCUCCACUAUCAGUCGGCAGUCGAUUCGAGUCACGCGAGUAGUUUCAACACUGUUUUCGGAUUGGCAGCAGUAAAAGUUCUAAAGUGUUUUCGAGUGAAUAUGUUAAUAAAAUGGAAUAAAUCAUAAACUCGAAAAUGUA